UAAAAAAUUGUAUCCUCCCGCGCAAAAAGGAGCUCCCGUGAAAUACAAUAUUGCAACUCAGAACUGUAAAGCCAGCUCUCCCUCGUGAUUCUUUUCAUCUCCAUACCUUAUUCUUUCUUUCUUUCUUUCUUUGGUUCGUUCCCAGCGUCACUCACUUACAGUUACAGUUCCUCAUUCCGUUUCUCUUCGAUCUUUGCAAACACACACACAAUGGUGAAGGAUAUGGAGUACUACAAUAUUCUCGGAGUCUCUUCUUCUGCCUCUGAAGACCAAAUUCGCAAGGCUUAUUACCUCAAGGCAAUGCAGGUUCAUCCCGAUAAAAACCCAAACGAUCCUCGUGCAGCUGAAAAAUUUCAGGUUUUGGGUGAAGCUUACCAGGUUUUGAGUGAUCCGGUACAGAGGAAUGCGUAUGAUCAGAAUGGGAAGCAUUCUGUGUCUAGAGAAACAAUGCUUGACCCCACGGCUGUGUUUGCACUGCUCUUCGGAAGUGAAUUGUUCGAGGACUAUGUAGGGCAUCUAGCUGUGGCAUCGAUGGCUUCUUCUGAACUAUCCGAAGAAAGCAAUGACCUUGAUAAAAUGAAUGAAAAGUUAAAGGCUGUCCAAAGAGAAAGGGAGGAAAAAUUGGCAAGGUUUUUGAAAGAUUUCCUUGGUCAAUAUGUUCAUGGUGACCAAAAGGGAUUCUUACAUCAAGCAGAAUCUGAAGCAAGACGGCUUUCUCGCGCAGCCUUUGGAGUUGAUAUGUUACACACCAUAGGGUAUAUAUACUCAAGACAGGCAGCACAAGAACUAGGGAAGAAAGCCAUUUAUCUUGGAGUGCCAUUUUUGGCUGAGUGGGCUCGCAACAAAGGACAUUUCUGGAAAUCACAGCUUACGGCUGCUAAAGGUGCUUAUCAGUUGCUGCAGUUUCAAGAAGACAUCUACAAGCAACGUAAAACGGAUGGUAGUGGCCCAGAAAAUGAUAUUGACUCUCAUAUUAAUAAGGAUACAUUGAUGAAUUCUUUGUGGAAGUUAAAUGUGGUGGACAUAGAAGUAACUCUUGCACAUGUGUGCCAAAUGGUGCUAAGGGAACAAAAUGUUAAGAAAGAGGAACUUAAAGUACGGGCAAAUGCUCUUAAAAUUCUUGGGAAGAUAUUUCAGGUGCCCAUCUUAAGUUACUUGUCAUCAAGUAUUCUAUCUUUCAACUUUUAAAGAAUACAACAUAAGGAUUGUUCUCUCUAAUAUUCUUGUUUACUCAUGUGAGCCUCGUCUAGGGAUGACAAUAUUAUCCGGACUCGCGGGACCCAUCCCGUCUCUGUCCAGUCGGGACAGGUAAUACCUCGACCCGAUGCGAGACGGGUUUUUGGGCGGAGACGGAGUCUUGGGCAGGGCGGGAUUAGGUAAUACCCGCCCUGGUAUGU